UAAAGAGGCGGAUCUCUCGCACACAUCAUAACAAAACAAACUUUCUGCCUUCUACUUCUAGCUGACGUCGAAACUUUCUCUACAUGCCUCGAUGAAUAUGGACGGAGCCCCGAACCACUUUCUGGCUCCUAACCUAGCAUACCAAGGUUUAAAGGCUAGCAGCGAUCCAGGACCUCUUAAUAAAAUUGGAGAUGAUCAGGACGAUGAUCAUCAGAAACGGAGUCGGAGCCGGAAAGAGAGUGUGACCGAAAAUGAUAACGAUGGAGCAUGCAGCAAUUGCAAUGAUAAAACAGAGAGUGACCUUGAUGGUGAACUUGAUGAUCUUGCCAUCAGAGUUGAUCCUCCCGACCUCUUACCAGGUCAAAGGUUAAGACUAGACAGUCUAGUUUUAAGGAACUGCUCUGUGGCAGAGGCGCAGGCCCUGGCUUUCCAAAAGCUUCAAGAGGAACUCAUGAAGGCAAAGGAGACGUUACAGCUGAAGGACGAAGAGGUGGAGCAGUUAUCUCGUGUGAGGGAGGAGGUAGACAGGGAGAUUACGGAACUGACCGCUAGCUUGUUUGAGGAAGCUAAUUCGAUGGUUCAAGAGGCUAAUAUCAAGAGAAUUGCUGCAGAACGGAGGUUCAAGGAAGCCAACGGCAAGAUUGACGCCAUGCAGGCUGAGAUCGGCGCCCUCAAGAUGCUAGUUCUUACGUCCACGCCGAGCAUGCUGCUACCUGCCAAGGAUACCACCAAUAAGAAACCCUCCAUCUUGAGAAAGUCCAAAAGUAGUCUACGACUCAGUGUUCAGGGGCACCACAGAACACACAGCCUGCAAGAUCCAAUCACAACUGAUCUUGGGGUUUCCCCUGCCCCUAACACCAACGGGUCAGCAACACCGUCACCUAGCUCAGAAUCCAAAGAGGUUGACACCCUACUCCUGCACAACUUCCAGAGUUGGAGAGAAGCGCCCUCGCUUGCUGUCAACAAUCCAUUCACCCAGAGGAUAUUCACCGAAGACAUCCGACCCUGUCUGACCUUUACCAAUGCAGAACUCUCACUCCAGCUUCAGUCAAGCAUUGAGAGGAACCACUUAUGCAUAGAACCCAUCAGUAUUAAGACUCCAGUACCAAGACGUUGCGCCCUGAGCGAGCAGCAGAGGCCAUGUCAUUACCGCAUCAGACUAACAGAAUGUGAGAACUGGCAUUCCAUAUGCGCACCGGUCAGGAAUAGGAUAGCAGCUGUGUGUGAUUUCUACACCUAUCUACGAUAUAUCCAACAAGGCAUUGUCAAGAAUGAUGUGGAAAAGAAUUACUGGGAGAUCAUUCGCCUACGGAAGCAGAUGGCGCUGGCCAAGCUAGGUCUGGCAUGAAAGUACUCUGUGUUUCUCCUCCCGUCCUGAGAACCUUUCCUGAAAUCACCCCACCUGUCAUCGUUGUCAUCUCAGUGAUAUAAACUUAUGCUGCUUGUAGUGAGUGAGUUACACGUAUUGGACCGGGUCGACGCCCGAUAGUACUGAUACCUCUGUCACACUAACCUACUGACCACAGACCAAACAAACAAUGACAUAACCCCGAAUGGUCAAAUAGUGGUCAGUUUGGGGCCGGAGUGUCAUUGGACCGGGACCUCGCCCGAUAGUACUGAUACCUCUGUCACACCAUGGAAUGGAUCAUGGUCACACCAACACAACCGAUACCAGACUGACCAUAGACCGAACAAACAAUGACAUUAUCCCAAAUGGCCAAAGACCGGUCAGUUUGGGGCCGGAGUGGAGUUUGUUUGGCUGUGUGACUGAGGUAUGAAUUGGGUACGCAUGAUACUUAGAGCUUCGCAUCAAAGGUUAUUUUUCGGGGUCGUUCACCUACAUUGAAUUGUUAAUGGAAUUGG